GUGUCCCAUCACCGUCAAACCCCCUCCACUAGAAACUCGAUUUCCUGACUCCCACAAUCUCACUCUUGUCGUUAUCAACACCAAAUCUAGGGUUUCUUCCUUCCUAACAUCAUCUUCUCAAUACUCCAAUCACUCCGGUAACAAUGGCGUUACAAUGGGCCGUCUUGGGUUACACUGCGGCGGCCGAAGCGGCCAUGGUCCUCUUACUAACCCUUCCGGGCCUGGGCCCGCUUCGAAAGGGUUUAGUUUCUGUCAUCCUUAACAUCCUCAAACCUUUGCUGUCCAUCGUCCCGUUUUGCCUCUUUCUGUCCUUGGAUAUCUACUGGAAGUAUGAGAAUCGGCCGACUUGCAAGUCGGCCGAUUCGUGUACCCCAACGGAGUACCUGCGUCACCAGAAAUCCAUAAUGAAGAGCCAGCGUAACAUGUUGUUGAUAGUUAUGGCGUUGGUGUUUUAUUGUUUGUUGUGUUUGGUGACUCACUUGGUUGUUAAGAUGGAACAGUUGAAUAGUAGGGUGGAGAAGUUGAAGAACCGAGAUUAAAUGUGUUGUUAUGAAUGGAUUAGUCAAGUUAAGAACAUGUUUUGUCUUGUUUACUUUGUUUGAGACACUUGUGUGCUUCCAGUGUUUGUGCUUUA